CUCUGGUCGUGAAGGUGAAAGUCUCCUCCAGGCAGGAGCGAGAAGCACCAGCCUUGGAAGGGUCCGGCGAUGGCUCCUGGAGCAGGUUCCGUCUUCGCUACCGUCCCUCAGGCCGCGCCAGUCGCCGUCUUUCAGCUCACGGCGGAUUUCCGCGCCGAUGUCGAUCCUCGCAAGGUCAACUUGGGAGUGGGAGCUUACCGCACAGAUGAAGGACAGCCUUGGGUCUUGCCAGUGGUCCGGAAAGUGGAGCAGAUGAUUGCCAAAGACACCAGUUUAAACCAUGAGUAUCUACCAAUCCUGGGCUUGCCAGAGUUCCGUGCCAAUUCCUCCCGAAUUGCCUUAGGAGAGGACAGUCCAGCUAUCCAGGAGAACAGGGUCGGGGGUGUCCAGUCUUUGGGAGGCACAGGGGCACUGCGUAUUGGAGCAGAAUUCCUAAGACGCUGGUACAACGGAACCAACAACACAGCAACCCCUGUCUACAUUUCCUCCCCUUCCUGGGAGAACCAUAACUCUGUCUUCACGGAUGCUGGCUUCAAGGACAUCCGAACCUACCGUUAUUGGGAUGGUUCCAAGAGGGGUCUGGACACCCAGGGAUUUCUGGAAGACUUGGAGAAAGCUCCAGAGUUCUCUAUCUUCAUCCUCCAUGCCUGUGCUCAUAAUCCCACUGGCACAGACCCCACACAGGAACAGUGGAAACAAAUUGCUGCUGUUAUGAAGCGCCGGUUCCUGUUCCCAUUCUUUGACUCCGCCUAUCAAGGUUUUGCCUCUGGUUGUCUGGAUAGAGAUGCCUGGGCUGUGCGCUUUUUUGUUUCUGAGGGCUUCGAACUCUUCUGUGCGCAGUCCUUCUCCAAAAACUUUGGGCUGUACAACGAACGAGUAGGAAACCUGACGGUUGUGGCAAAGGAUGCAGAUAAUGUGCUGCGUACCCUGUCCCAGAUGGAGAAGAUUGUCCGCACAACCUGGUCUAAUCCACCAUCACAGGGGGCUCGCAUUGUGGCUACUACACUCACUUCCCCAGAGCUGUUUGCCGAAUGGAAAGCAAAUGUGAAGACCAUGGCAGAUCGAGUCUUGCUCAUGCGAGCAGAACUGCGGUCUCGUCUUGAGGCCCUGGGCACUCCAGGCACUUGGAACCACAUCACAGAGCAGAUUGGCAUGUUCAGCUUUACGGGGCUCAACUCUAAGCAAGUCCUAUACCUCAUCAAGGAGAAACACAUCUACUUAAUGGCCAGUGGCCGCAUCAACAUGUGUGGAUUGACCACGAAGAACCUGGACUACGUUGCUGGUUCCAUCCAUGAAGCAAUCACCAAGAUCCAGUAAGGCUGCAGCCAAAUGUUACGUGCUUGUGUGUGUGUUUCCUUUGUUUUGCACUAAAAAGAAUUAUCCAAGAGCAGUCACUGGAGGAUGUGAGUCUGAGCAGGAGGUGUGAGAACGGAGUGGAAAAUAGCUGUCACACUGCAGUUCGUUCUUUUGCUGAAACUUACAACCUCCUGAGGCUGCACUUGGAUAAAAAACAAAACCCAAAAACAUCUGGGUAAAAUUGCACACAACUGCAUGUAAUGUCUCGAUUAACUCCAAGAAACAUAAACAACCAAAUCCGUCCACUUUGUAUAGUCUGUUUCCCCCUUUUUAUCACUGGACCACAGCAGAGACUGUGAUACUAUCAGGAAUAAGUCUCCUGGCCUUUGAUUUAUGGGAGUAGGAGACAGACUGUGUGAAGUGCAUGUGAGCCUUCCAUCUGCACAUAAUAUUAAUGGAUAGUAACAACUGUGUGAGCCCAACACACAAUCUCUUCGACCUGUUGUGUCUGUAUUAUGUCCCUUUGCACUUUAUGUAACCAACCCUGCUGCAGUAAAAAGGCAGUGUUUGGGGAAACAGAUACCAAAAUGGUUGUUCUCUGUUACUGGCUGCAUUGACUGUUUCAGGGAGCAAGGCUGGAGCUGGUUUCCAUUUUCCAGACUUGCAUGAUCAAAGAUUGUAACCUUAACUAUACCUUUUCUGUUAGUACAAUAAAACAGUGUCUUCAGUCCUCA